AUGACGAAGUACGUCCUCUGUGAAGAAGAGACCGUGCGACGUCGAGAGGAGACGAUCCCCGGACGAUCCCCGGACGAUCCUCGGACGACAUCGGGAGCGGAGCCUGUCUCGGGCCGGCCGAGACCAGAGACCCAGAUGCCGCCGGAGCGGGUACCGAGUGACGAACCUAUUCCGGAAGGGACUCCCUCCUACAACUCUACCCAAGACAAGCCCGUGUGGCCUCGGCCUGCAAGUCCAGCCCAGCGCGACCCCCAAAGACAUGAAGAGAGACCACAGAACGGUUCCGUGACAGCUGCCUGCCUGUCUGCCACCCUCUUCUUCCCCCUUUUCCUCUCUACGCCCGCGAGACCUGCAGACGCAAACCGAAAAACGAAGAAGAAGAAAAGGUCGUCCUACGGCGCACGACAUGGACCGAAGAACCCCGUCCCCUCGCCCGCGAAGGCCCUCUACCUUCUCAGUUAUAUCUAUCCGGCCAACGUUACGCGCCCGCGCCACCCGAGUUACGACACCCUCCGUGCUUCCUAUGCCAUCAUCAUCAUUCGAGAGAGCCGUUCGAGCCAGUGA